GAGGUGCUGCUUGUUGAAGAGGUUGAUGUUGAGGUGCUGCUGGUGCUGGUGGAGGAAGUGCUGCUUGAUGUACUUGAUGUGGUACUGCUACUGCUGCUGGAGGUGCUGGUGGAUGUGCUCGUUGAUGAUGUGGAGCUGGUGGACGUACUGCUGGAUGAAGUUGUGCUGGAGCUAGUUGUUGAGGUACUGGUUGAUGUGCUCGAGGUUGAUGAUGUGGAGCUUGACGAUGUGGAGCUUGAUGACGUGCUGGUGGAGGUGCUGCUUGUUGAAGAUGUUGAUGUGGAGGUGCUGCUGGUGCUGGUGGAGGAGGUGCUGCUUGAUGUACUUGAUGUGGUACUGCUACUGCUGCUGGAGGUGCUGGUGGAUGUGCUCGUUGAUGAUGUGGAGCUGGUGGAUGAGGUGCUGGAUGAUGUCGAGCUGGUGCUGCUUGUAGA